UGCGCACUGCCUGCUCUCGCCCGAGGAGCCGCAGUCUCGAGAGCGCCAAGGCGGUGCUUCGGUAGUCUCUGGGAAACCUCUCCCGCGAACCCGGCCCCGUUGGACUGCGCCCAGGGCGGGGACCUCCGCCGGGCACAGGAGGGAGCCACGAUGCCGAUCAAUAAAUCAGAGAAGCCUGAAAGCUGUGAUAAUGUGAAGGUGGUUGUUAGGUGCCGGCCCCUCAACGAGAGAGAGAAAUCAAUGUGCUAUAAACAGGCUGUCAGUGUGGAUGAGAUGAGGGGAACUAUUACUGUACAUAAGACUGAUUCUUCCAACGAACCUCCAAAGACAUUUACUUUUGAUACUGUUUUUGGACCAGAGAGUAAACAACUUGAUGUUUAUAACUUAACUGCAAGACCUAUUAUUGAUUCUGUUCUUGAAGGCUACAAUGGGACUAUUUUUGCAUAUGGACAAACUGGAACAGGCAAAACUUUUACCAUGGAAGGUGUUCGAGCUGUUCCUGAACUUAGAGGAAUCAUUCCAAAUUCAUUUGCUCACAUAUUUGGUCAUAUUGCAAAAGCAGAGGGUGAUACAAGAUUUUUGGUUCGAGUGUCUUACUUGGAAAUAUAUAAUGAAGAAGUCCGUGACCUUUUGGGCAAGGAUCAGACACAGAGGUUAGAGGUUAAAGAAAGACCUGAUGUGGGAGUUUAUAUCAAAGAUUUAUCAGCUUACGUGGUAAAUAAUGCUGAUGAUAUGGAUAGAAUUAUGACACUAGGCCACAAAAAUCGUUCUGUUGGUGCAACUAAUAUGAAUGAACAUAGUUCCCGUUCCCAUGCCAUCUUUACAAUUACUAUAGAAUGCAGUGAAAAAGGCGUUGAUGGUAACAUGCAUGUCAGAAUGGGGAAGCUCCAUCUUGUAGAUCUUGCUGGUUCCGAAAGACAAGCAAAAACUGGAGCUACUGGACAGCGUCUAAAGGAAGCCACAAAAAUCAAUCUUUCGCUUUCCACCCUUGGUAAUGUAAUUUCUGCCUUGGUUGACGGAAAAAGCACUCAUGUUCCUUAUCGCAACUCUAAACUGACUCGUCUUCUUCAGGAUUCCUUAGGAGGAAAUUCAAAAACCAUGAUGUGUGCAAAUAUUGGGCCAGCAGAUUACAAUUAUGAUGAAACUAUCAGUACACUACGGUAUGCUAACCGUGCUAAGAAUAUUAAAAAUAAAGCUAGAAUUAAUGAAGACCCAAAGGAUGCUUUGCUUCGCCAGUUUCAGAAAGAAAUAGAGGAACUGAAAAAAAAGCUUGAAGAAGGGGAAGAGAUAUCAGGCUCCGAUAUCAGUGGAUCGGAGGAGGAGGAUGAUGAAGAGGGCGAAGUUGGAGAAGAUGGAGAGAAAAGGAAAAAAAGAAGGGAUCAAGCAGGUAAAAAGAAAGUAUCCCCAGAUAAGAUGGUUGAAAUGCAAGCAAAAAUUGAUGAGGAGAGAAAAGCACUUGAAACAAAGCUUGAUAUGGAAGAAGAAGAAAGAAACAAGGCUAGAGCUGAAUUAGAGAAACGGGAGAAAGAUCUUCUUAAGGCCCAACAAGAACAUCAGUCUUUGCUAGAGAAAUUAUCUGCACUGGAGAAGAAGGUAAUUGUGGGUGGUGUUGAUUUGUUGGCAAAAGCUGAGGAACAAGAGAAACUUCUUGAAGAAUCUAAUAUGGAACUGGAAGAACGAAGGAAAAGAGCAGAGCAACUUCGCAGAGAACUUGAGGAAAAAGAGCAAGAACGCUUGGAUAUUGAAGAAAAAUAUACCAGCUUGCAAGAGGAAGCACAGGGAAAAACCAAGAAAUUAAAGAAAGUUUGGACUAUGCUGAUGGCUGCCAAAUCAGAGAUGGCUGAUCUCCAACAGGAGCACCAGAGGGAAAUUGAAGGCCUACUGGAGAAUAUUCGACAGCUUAGCCGGGAGCUCCGGCUUCAGAUGCUUAUCAUUGAUAACUUCAUACCUCAAGAUUAUCAGGAAAUGAUUGAAAACUAUGUCCAUUGGAAUGAAGACAUAGGAGAAUGGCAGCUAAAAUGUGUUGCCUACACAGGAAAUAACAUGAGGAAGCAGACUCCAGCUCCUGAUAAAAAAGAGAAAGAUCCCUUUGAAGUGGACCUUUCCCACGUGUAUCUUGCCUACACUGAGGAGAGCCUCCGGCAGUCCUUGAUGAAAUUAGAGAGGCCACGGACUUCGAAGGGGAAAGCAAGGCCUAAGACAGGGCGAAGAAAGCGUUCUGCAAAGCCUGAAACUGUAAUUGACUCUCUACUUCAGUAAAUGUUACAGACUUAAAGUCACAAUAAAAAUUAGUGAUAUUCUCACGCCUGGACAAAAUCUUUACUUAAAACACUGAAGACUAUUCUGUAAUUUCAAAUAAUGGAAGCUGUAAGUCAUGGAGUAAGACUGGAACUAAUGAAUUGCCUAGUAAGUCUUAGUCAAUAUAAAUAUUAAUGUCAUUAAAAUUGUACAACUGGUAAUUCUUCAAAUUGUCAUAUUACGCUCCAGUUUAUACUGUGCAGGGAAGUUGGGGGAGCAGCUCAUACUAUAGAGAGUUGCAGUUUAAAUGUAUAUGUAAAUCUGCUAGUGAUUUAUUCAACUGCUGUAAUGAUUAGGUAACUAGAUAGUCAAAAUAGAAGAAAAACGUAAGUCCUGUUUUGCACACAGAAAGUAGCAGAUCUCAUUGUCCUGUGUUGUGCUGUCAUAUAUGAAUGUGUGGGCUGCAUAUCUAAGACAUUCGAUCCUAACACCUGCGUGGCCUGUUUAAAAAUGUUCUAAUUUUUACACUAACAUUCAUUGUGUUUUAAGUAUAAGGUAAUUCAUCUUACUGAUCUUUAGAAAAUUUUAUAAUUCAACAGUCUUUAGAAGUAUACAUGUUUAAAAUACAAAAGUUGGAAAUGUGUUUCUUCUGGACCUCUCGACCUUUUUUGCCACUUCAAGUCAAAUGCACUUUUUUUGUUCUGGUUUUGUGUUCUCUUGAAGCAUUGAAUUUGUAUGUAGAUAGAAAGGAGUCACAGCUGCAGAAAAUUAAGAAGCUAAUAUUGGUCACUGAUCUUUGCCCAUAUGUAUAUAUUUUCUAAAAUUCACUUCGAAGUGUGACUAAUGGAUGCUUGCUUUCCUAUGUCUGAGUUCUAAAUUGUGAUGGAAAUUGCUCUGUAUCUCCCAACUGGGAAAGGUCUCCAUUUUCCACAAAAUGCAACCAAAGCAGAAAAUAUGUGUCUUUCAAUUCUUUGGCUUUAAAACACUUCGUUUUGCUUUUAUUCAUAUUUUAUAAGAAGAAAAUAUUUUU